AUGAGCUGGUGGCGGAACAUGGAGGUGCGUGGCGAUGUCUGCAGCCCGAGCGGAGCACUGGCGUCCGCCGAGCCGAGUCCUGCCUCGGUGACCCUGGCGGAGCUCCUGCACCUGGUUCAGAAGGGCCAGGAGCUCCCGGGCCUGGAGAAACGCCACAUCACUGCGACCCAUGGCGAACCCACAGCCUCUCUACUCCCACGAAGGCCCAAGCCCUGGGAAGACGCAGGCUCCGCUGCUUCAUCCCGCACCACCGCCCUAGACACGAGGACGCAGCCUCCGACCGUCGAGGAGCCGCCCAGGGGCAGCCCAGCCGCCCAACUCGACGGGGGCCCAAGGGGUUCCUGAGGCUCGAGGUGUUUCGCAGCUGAAAUCCGAAGGGCAUCUGGACACUUGUCACCUUUCCUCAUCUUUCUGCAUCUGCACCUUUCUCAACCAGACCUAGUAUUCCUGGGGGAUUCAAUGUUGUCCAGUAAUUUUGGUUUUGGACGCUGUAUUUCAGCUCCAUCCUGUGUUCUAAUCCAUUUGUGUAACUGAAACAAGUUUCCCUGGUCACAGUUAACAGGGCACGGCCUCUUGGGUCAGCUUAUUGUGAUACUGAUAAAAUGAGACUGAUAUCCAAAAGGCAUUUCUAAUUUUGCAGUCGUUUGGGUUUGAUGAAAAAGUUCCUUCCCGGAAUGAAACAUAGAAAUCCUGGUUCUUGCGGGGGCUGGAGAG